AAAAUAAUAUCCCCAACAGACCAGGGGGAUCUAAUAGUUACAGUCUCCUCCGGUACUUUCCUUCCCGCCAGUUUGCCUCCCCGCAUUCACAAUUUUUAAUUCUUUGAAUCUGGUGGAUCAACGCGCAAUCCUCCCUAGUUGUCAUUUUGUUGGGCCUCUCUUCUACUCUGAUAUAGUCUACUCCUUCUCUUUCUUUUGUUUUUCUUCCUGUCUCUCCUUUGGCUUAUUUUUAACUUUUCGAUUCAUUUUUAUCCUGGGUGCCUAGACCAGCAUAAAUAAAACUAAGCCACUCCAUCCCGCCGCUCCUGACAAUCUUGAUCUGUGCAUACACCCUUUAAUUCGCAGCUUCAGGGGCCCCAAAUUGAAACCGUUCCAACGUGCAAAUCCUCUUGUAGUGUUUUGUUUUUUUUUUAUAAGAAAAGCAUUCCACAUCUUGCAAUUGCUCUUGGUCAAUUUGUACAGAAACACACACAAUAAUGAUGACAUUCUUCCUCUGGUUGGCAUCCAGCCUCGUGCGCUGGGUUCGCCUAAAGAUCUACCAGUAUGAGGUGACUUUCGCUGUAUACAUGCUGACACCUACCGAAAAGUUCAUAUUCAAUUCCCUCCUCCUCACCCUCCUCUCCAUGAUCCUCACCGGAAUCUGCGUCUACCUUCCCGACCACCUCAGAUCUAUCUACGGCCACAUCUACUAUUACUGCGUCGGCGAACGUCCUUUUAUCGUCUCGAAUCUUACAUCCAUCAGUUCUGUUUUCCGUGAUAACGGCACCCCCAGCCUGGAGGUGAUGUACGAAACUGCCAAACAUGCCGCCGCGACCGCCACGAACACAAUUCAAGAACUCUGAUGAUGAUGCUUCACCUCCUUUUCUUCUCUUCACCUACCAUGGCAUGACAGCGCGGGUGUUUUCUUUCUGAGUCGAUAGUUGGCUAUGAGUAAAGCACGUCCCUUUCUCACCACGGUACCGACGGGAAACUCUUU